GUGGAUCUCACAGUAGGAAUCAGACAUGAAGAUGAAGGCUCUGGUGAGAUCUCUCCUCUUGCUCACUGUGGCUAGCCUGCUGGUCAGAGGUCAGACCCAGACUGAGACCAGAUAUGAUGACAUCAUCACAGCUGCUUCAAAUCAGCUGCUUCCUGUGGAAGAGCAGGCUUUCCAUCCCCUUCUGAACCAGCUGGAAGUCGAAACUUUGAAUACAGAGGAUGUGGACCAGUCUGAGGUGUCUGUAAGGUUGAGCUUCCCCCUGCAGGAGACGCUCUGCAGUAAGGCACAGGGGCAGCAAGGCCAACCAUGUCCUCUGAAGAAAAAUGGGAAGAUUCGGACAAGAAGAGGCAAGGCCAGUGGAGGCUCUCGUGACUCUAAUAUGGGUAGAAAAGAUUCCAAGGGGGGUAGGAGAGGUCGUCCUGGGAGUGGCUCUCGUCCAGGGUUUGGCUCCUCCAUUGCUGGAGCUAGCGGAGUAAACCAUGGUGGAACUCGCACUGCAUAGAACAUCACAACACACCCUUUGGAUAACUGCAAGAUAUCUCACCAAUCAAAGAAACUUCAAAAGCACUCAAAGUUGUGGUUAAUGGGUGAACAUGCAACCUUGAGCUUCUUUUAAAAAAUGCUUCUGGUAACUCUUUUGUCUACAUUCUGAAUUGUUUUGUAUUUUGUAGCUAUCAUUGUUUGUAAUAAUGUACCUUUUCUUACAUGUCAAUCUUUGAAUUUUAACUACGGACAAUUAUUUCCAGUUCAUGUUUACUGCACUAAUAAACUGCAAAAUAAGUUUUCAAAAGACACUGUGUGUAAAAUAUGUAAUUUCUUUCAUGUUUCAUGGCAGUUUAGGAAGUUUUUGAGAGCUCUACGUUUUUGUGUUUAUUGUUCUUUAAAAAAAGAUCAUUACUCUGUUGUUCUAUUAGGCCGACAGUUUAGGCUUUGCUGAAACAUGUCGGGAUGGUUUCCUGGACACAGAUUGAGUUAAGAGCAGUGGUGACCUGUCAUUCAGGGCAGGUGGGGCUAGGCCCCACAUUU